AUGUUGCUAGCAAGCUUUGGGAAACAGAUCCAGAACAUCGAGUGGGCUCUGGACCUGCUAGGUGCCUAUGCAGAGUCACUGCGCAAUCAGCUGUUUCCCAGAAGACUCAGAGGACAUAGCCUCCUGCAUACGGCCCCAGAGGCUCGCACAGAUGGGAUCGCCCCAGUGUUCAUCCGUGCCUUGGCCUUUGGGGACAGGCUUGCCCUUAUUGACAAACAUGGCCGUCACACCUACAGGGAGCUUUAUGACCGCAGCCUUUGUCUGGCCCAGGAGAUCUGCAGGCUUCGUGGUUGUAAGGUUGGAGACCUCCAGGAAGAGAGGGUCUCCUUCCUGUGUUCCAAUGACGUCUCCUAUGUUGUAGCACAGUGGGCCUCCUGGAUGAGCGGUGGUGUCGCCGUCCCACUCUACUGGAAGCACCCUGAGGCCCAGCUAGAGUAUUUCAUCCAGGAUUCCCAGAGCUCCGUGGUCGUGGUUGGCCAGGAGCACUUGGAGCGGCUAAGUCCCCUGGCCCAGAGGCUGGGAGUCCCUCUUCUGCCUCUCACGCCUGCCAUCUACCAUGGAGCAGCAGAGCAGCCCAUAGAGCACCCGGUUCAAGAGCGGGAGUGGCGUGACCGGGGUGCUAUGAUCUUCUACACCAGCGGGACCACAGGGAGGCCCAAGGGUGCACUGAGCACCCACCGUAACCUAGCAGCUGUGCUGAGAGGGCGACUGUGGUGCCAGGACCAGCUCAGCACAGGAUGCCGAGAGCACUCAGGUACCAGUGCUGUGCCGGCACCUCCCAUCCCUGCUCUUAGGCAGUGCUGUCCCCCACAGGUGACGGGGCUGGUUCACGCAUGGGCGUGGACGAAGAACGAUGUGGUCCUUCAUGUGCUCCCUCUGCACCAUGUCCACGGCGUGGUCAACAAGCUGCUCUGUCCACUCUGGGUAGGAGCCACCUGUGUGAUGCUGCCUGAGUUCAGUGCUCAGCAGGUUUGGGAAAAGUUCCUGAGUUCUGAAGCUCCGCGGAUUAACGUAUUUAUGGCAGUGCCCACUAUCUACAGCAAACUGCUGGAUUACCAUGACAAGCAUUUCACACAGCCUCACGUGCAGGAUUUCGUACGUGCAGUUUGUAAAGAAAAAAUUAGGUUGAUGGUGUCAGGCUCAGCUGCCCUGCCUGUGCCACUGCUGGAGAAGUGGAAGAGCGCCACGGGCCACACACUACUGGAGCGCUAUGGCAUGACGGAGAUUGGCAUGGCCCUGUCCAGCCCCCUGAAGGAGGCUCGCCUGCCAGGUUCUGUGGGGACCCCACUGCCGGGGGUGGAAGUACGCAUUGUCUCAGAAAACCUGCACAAGGAUGCCUCCUACACCAUCCAUGCUGAGGGGAAUGAGCAGGGGACUAAGGUGAGGCCAUCUUUUGGAGGUUUCUUCCCCACCGUGCUGGGAGCAGCCUUGGGCAGUAGGAAUGUGACUCCAGGGUUUGAGGAAAAGGAAGGGGAGCUGCUAGUUAGGGGACCCUCUGUGUUUCGAGAGUACUGGGGUAAGCCAGAAGAGACUAAGAAUGCUUUCACUUCGGACGGCUGGUUCAGAACAGGAGACACUGCCGUGUUCAAGGAUAAUAGGUACUGGAUCCGAGGGCGCACAUCAGUGGACAUCAUCAAGACUGGAGGCUAUAAAGUCAGCGCCCUGGAGAUCGAGCGGCACCUGCUGGCCCACCCUAGCAUCACAGAUGUGGCUGUGAUUGGAGUUCCAGACAUGACAUGGGGCCAGCGAGUCACAGCUGUGGUAGCCCUUCAGGAAGGACACUCACUUUCCCACAGUGAUCUCAAGGAGUGGGCCAGAGGCCUCCUGGCCCCCUAUGCUGUGCCUUCCGAGCUCCUGCUGGUGGAGGAGCUCCCGCGGAACCAGAUGGGCAAGGUGAAUAAGAAGGAGCUGCUCAAGCAGUUCUAACCCCGCAUGACCGGAGGGGCCAGCCAGGCCAAGGCCAGAGGACAGCAUCCCUGACGAUCAUGUGCCGUGGGCCUCACACGGUCCAGAGACCCUUAGAUGCAACCCCCGCCCCUGCAAUCAGGAUGACCAGAAUCAGAACCAGUGGGAUGAGAUCGCGAAGCGAGGCUUCCCAAGCCCGUGCUGAUUGUCCACAUUCAGGUGACCCUGGCCGCUAGUGUGUGCCCAG